AUGAAAAAUCUGAAUCCCGAAGAUAACUUUAGUAACAGUUUGGAUCGAGAAUUGCGAGCUGAACAAAAUGAUGACUUUGAACAAUAGUAUUUGGAAUUUUGUCUCAAGGAAUCUCGGCCAAGCACCGUUUUUCAAAAUGGUAUGUUCUCGUCGAGUAGAAUAGAUAAAACUCCAGAUAUCACAUAUACUCCCAAACCCGAGUAAGAUUUUCUCUAGAACGAUGCAAUUUCAUUAUCAGAGAUGCAAACUCAAUUCAAUAAAACAUCUAAGAAUACUGGAUCAAGCCUGAUGACCUUUUUUUUUAUUCGAAGGUUUUUAGAAAAAGUUGGAUAAAAAAGACGAAAACUAGAGACUUUAAAUUGCAGUAUUUUAAAUUUAAUAAGUGAUAAAGCAUCCGAAAAUUUAAAUGUGAUAGCAUAUGCCAAAUAGUUUUAGCGCAAGGAACUAUCAUUCAUAAAUGUUCAAAGAAUAUUUACUUAAUAAAUUAUUAAGCGACGAACACUUGAGGAAUUCAAGGAAUCUUUUGAGUAUACGCAAAGACAGAUUUUCAAAUUUUUGUUAUGGGUUAUCUCUUGCAUACCAUUAAUUUAACCAGAAAGCAUGUUAAAGAUGUACUGGGAUUUCUUCGUCACCUUCAUUAGAGGAAUACUGGUAUUUUUGGUACCUUUAGAAAUUUCGUUUAAUUCAAGAAUUUUGGCAUCCGAAGACAGGAUAUUUUCCACACUGAUAUUUAUCGUAUUAUAGUUGGAUUAUUUUGUUAAAAUAAAUACAAUCACAUAUAAAACGGGUAAAGCCAUAGCAGAUCGUUGGGAAAUAAUCAAGGUGUAAACAAGUAGAUCUAUUUUAAUUGAUCAAUGUCUAACCUUUAUUUUGUUAAUCAAUAUCUAUUUACCUGAAGGAGAUUAUGAUUUAAUUUUGAUUCUUCUUCUGAGUUAACUUAAGUAUGUCUAUGAAUCAUUUUUGAAAGUAGAUUAGAUCUCAUAUCUUACUCGACCUUAGAGGGGUAGAAUUGGUUUAAUAAAGUUUUUGGUGUCUUUAAUUUAUAUAGCUCAUUUAUUCAGUUGCAUAUGGUUUUGGUCUAGCAGCAUAGAUAGAGAGGAUUCGUGGAUUAUUACUAAGAGAUUAGGAGAUCUGAGAUGGUCAUCACAGUAUCUGGAAGCAUUUUAUUUUGCAAUAGUCACAAUGUUGACAAUUGGAUACGGAGAUAAUGUGCCCUAAAAUUAGAUAGAGAAAAUAGUUACAAUAAUUUUUAUUCUAUGUGCCUGUUUGUGGUUCUCUUAUAGUGUAAACUUCAUAGGUGGGAUAAUUGACGAUAUCACCUAGAACUAAGUAGAGAGAAAUAAAAAGAUGAGAGUGAUAAAUAAGUAUAUGAGGGAGCGCGAGAUUCCAUUUGCCUUAUAAUAUCAAAUCAAGGAGUACUUGACAUAUCGAUGGAAGGAAGACGACGAAGUAGAUUUGGAAAUGGAAUAGGAAUUACUGGGAUAGCUGUCAGAUGAAUUGAAGGAAGAAUUAGAUAAAUAGGCAUACAAGAUAUUCAUUUUGAAAUGUGAGUUUUUACAGAAGUAUUUCAGUGUUGAGUUUCGCAAUGCUCUCUUUAAAUCAAUUAAAAGAAAGAUUAUACAACCUUAAAACACAUUUUCAAUUGAGUUUGAUGGGGAAUAUCAUCUAUGUUAUAUUGAAUAAGGAAUAUUGCUAUAUUAACAUAGAGAUGGGAAACAGAGAUCAAAGAUCAAUUCUCAUAUCAGUCAUGGAAGAUUCAUAUGUGUCAAAGACUUUUUAUUGUAGAGUCAAGAUAGAGAACUAUUCAAAGCAGCUGGAUAUGUGAGUUUAUUGAUGCUAUCAAAAUCAGACUUCCUGGAAACAUUAAAAGAUUUCCCUGAAGAUUUCUAAAAGUACUGUUAAUUGAGAGAUCAAUUGAUUCUCAAUUUAGAUUAGGAUCUAAUUAAGGAAGGGUAAUUUUGUCCUGUCUGCAAUAAAACUGAUCAUCAAUUGGAUCAAUGUUCUUAAGUGCAAUUGAUUCCCAAUAAGGAAUUAGUGCUCAAGAGACACAUCUAUAAUUAGAAUUAAGAAAGAAUGCACCGUAAACGAAGAGUAAUUGAGAAACCAAUCAUGACAAGAGCAGAGAUGUUAUUUGUUUAAGAAUGUGCUAGAAUCUUCGCUUUAGAUAAUCCUCAACUCAUUUAAAAUUAAUAAAAAUGUCAGCAUGUAGUAGAAUAAGACCCUGAAGCCAAUGUAAUCUUUCUAGGUGGCAAUGAAGAAUAGCUGCCUUCUGUCAAAGUAUUCCACGUCUCAGAGGAAUAUCUUAUUACUUCUGGUCACCAAAGGGCAGUGAAGUAAAUUGGCCAAGAGGUGCAGUCUGAUGCAAGAAUAGAUAAGCAACAUAAACCCAGUUAUAAGUACAAUCCCAAACGAAUCUACAAAGUAGGAUCUAUUUAUGAUCACAAAUUCUUGAGGUAGAAUACCAAGAGUCCUUCUCUGUUAUCUAGUUUAAAUGAACCCUCCAUAGAAUAAUCCACUUAUGAAGCCAUAUUCAAUAAUGAGGUCGAUGCCUUUAGAAAUAGGAUUAAGAAUUUUGAAUAGAUGCAUGCUGAAAGCAUUAAAAUAGUUUAUAAUCAGAUGCUAAAAUGCAUUGAUGAUCCUGAACUCAUCAAACCAGUAAAGGAAAUCACAUAUCUCUAUAUUCAAUUAUUCAAUUAAUCUGAGACAAACCUAGAUUAAAUCUAUAACUAUGAAUACUAUUUCCCUACACACAAUAUUACUAGAAUAAUAGAAUAAAUUAAUAAAAAUAAAUCAAACUGGCAAUAAUAAAUUUUAAAUAGAUUUUAGAUGUACAUGUUUUACCCCUUUUAAUUUAUACUGAAAUUUUUGAAAUACAAGAGAAACAAGGCAUAUGUCUCCAUAAUAAACAAAUUCGAAACCAUCCAAAGAGCUAGGCACAAAAUGAUGCUUCUACGAGUGACAAAAAGUCAACUAAAGAGAAAUAAGGUUUCGCCGGAAAUUUAAGUAAAUAGAAGAAAGUAAAUAUGA